GUGACGUGCACGCCUGACGGGAACGCGCUAUUCUGUUGGAAACUCUGCGCUCGGUCUCAGUGCGAGGACUUGACAGCUUCAUGGAGUUCCCACCAGAAGGAGUCGUAACAUGUCAUGUGUUUCAGCUAUAUGCGCGCGCUCCGCAGGCGUUUGGAGACUCCAGUGGGAGGCUUGUUCUGCCGCGCGCUGAAGUUAACGCAACCCUAAAGGGAUGUAAACUCUCCUGUUACCAUCGUCAGCGGGAAACGGUUCACAUGAUGACUUCAGACCUGUUGCUGGUUCUCCAAAUGUCCUCGAUCUGACAAUGGUUACCUGCUUCAAUUCUUCUAGCGCCAACCGCUCGACCGUCAGCUCGGAUGGGGCUCCGUUCCCCGGGUACACGAUGGUCGUUCUGGCGAUCCUCAUGGUUACUCUGGUGGUCGUGGUGGUGGUCGGGAACGCGUUGGUUAUUCUGGCCUUCGUCGUGGACAAGAGCCUCAGAAAUCAAUGCAAUUACUUCUUCCUUAAUUUGGCUAUAUCAGACUUCCUUGUUGGGGCUUUCUGCAUCCCGGUCUAUAUGCCCUAUAUCUUGACGGGCAGGUGGAUGUUGGGCCGUGGACUCUGCAAGCUGUGGCUUGUGAUGGACUACUUAUUGUGCACGGCUUCUGUCUUCAAUAUCGUCUUAAUCAGCUACGACCGCUUCCUGUCCGUUACCCGAGCUGUGAGGUACCGGGCCCAGCAGGGCGUCACGCGUCUGGCAGUGGUCAAGAUGUUGGCGGUGUGGGUUCUGGCAUUCCUCCUCUACGGACCGGCCAUCAUCUUCUGGGAGCUGAUGGUUGGAGAAAGCAUCGUUCCAGAGGACGAAUGUUUCGCCGAGUUCUACUGCACCUGGUACUUCCUGCUCUCCGCGUCGACCUUCGAGUUCUUCUCUCCGUUCAUCUCCGUGGCCUUCUUCAACUUCAGCAUCUAUCUCAACAUCCAGCGGCGGAACCGGAGUCGACUGGCGCAUGUGGAAACCGAGAAGGAGGACGGCUGGAGGGUCAUAGAUGGACACAAAUCAUCGGUCUUCUUCGUCAAAACGCGCAAGGUGUCCUCUAGCGGAGCACCGGCCGUUUCGGACGUGAUCGAAGACGACGAAGAGGUUUCGCCGUCGUCCAGCGGCGAUCCCAGCAGCACCCAAUCCGUAUCUUUAACAAUGAAGCCCACCGUUAAAAAGCGAGGAUUGUUCAGCGGUUGGGUAAGGACACGUAUUAUACGAGCGCAGGAGGCAUCGAAUCAAUGCGCCCCUUGCAGAAGCGGAGCACAUGCGCGUCUCUCGAGGGAUAAGAAGAUUGCCAAGUCCUUGGCCGUCAUAGUGUGUGUUUUUGGGGUGUGUUGGGCGCCGUACACUCUCCUUAUGAUCAUACGGGCGGCCUGCAGCGGUAGCUGUGUGGAACAUCAUUGGUACGAAGUCACUUUUUGGCUCCUUUGGCUCAACUCGGCAAUCAACCCUUUCCUCUACCCGCUUUGCCAUAGCAGCUUUCGCCGGGCCUUCGCCAAGAUUUUGUGCCCUAAGCGUCAGUCUGUUCGACCACACGAGGAAAGCCCUUCCUGCCAAUGACAAUCUGAUGGCAACAGAAGGGAUUUAACACUUUCACACUGAAUACUGAAGGAGGAAAUAAAAGCACCAAGGCAAGAAAGCGAAACAUGUCCACCAUAAUAGAAAUCCGUGUCAUUUCUUGAUGGGAGAAGCAUGUUUUGUUCUUCUUGAAACCUCCUGACUUGAAGAACUGCAUAAACCGUGGAUAUAAACAGUGCUGUUGUUAUUUGUAUAUUUUGUCUUGCAGUAACAUAAGACCGGAGUUGUUUCACUCUUUUAGCUAAAGUAAGUCGCAUGUUUUGGGACAUCGGUGGUAUAAAAAAAGUGAUGCAGCUUGUGUUCAGAACAUAUUCAGUUGACAGUUUCGCCCAUAUAACUUUAACUUAACUUAACUUAACUUUAUUUACUGGUUAUUGAAUAUUACAUUGACUCGCAUGGUUUCAACUCAAAUAUGUUCUACUAUUAAUAUCUUCACAGAGAGACUCUGGAAAUCUACAUCACCUGCUAUGGACAAAGCUGAAACCAAUAAUGUUUUUGAAUGGG